AUGGCGUCCAUGUCGUUGAUGGACUGGCCUGGUGAGGUGCAAUUAUCCGUUUUGAAGCACCUGUCAUGUCACGACCUCGGCAGUCUGAGCCUUGUCAGCAGGGGCUUUCGACGCCUCGCUGAGCCGUGUCUGUACGCUGGAAUCGUCCUGACAUGGUCUCGCGACCAGGCGCCGCCGCUGGCGCUGCUGUUGCGGUCCCUCCUCGAGAGACGCGAGCUCGCGAGUCAUGUACGCCGCCUGGAACUGCUUGGCACCGGCUUCGCCGCCAACGUCGACCUUGGCGCCAUCGAGCCGCCGCCUUUGCCCGUGUCCGCUCUCCCCGCAGCCCUAGCGGCCGCUCACAUCAGAGCCACCGGCGUCUCGGAAGCCGACCAGUGGAUUUAG